CUGCCUCUUUCUUUUCUCUCUCAUCAGAACUAUUGAGUCACCUUCCCUUCUUUACGUUUGAGCUACGUUUUUUUUUUUCUGAAAGAUGGGUUUCUCGGAUGCUGGAAUUCAUCUCUCCGAUCAAAACAAUCUCUGCGAAACAGAACUAGGGUUCGUUCGUGUACCCUCUCUAGGGUUUUCAGACCGGAGCUCUCUAGAAUUACGACCAGAUCAAGAUCUUGAAGCUAAAGUUCAAGACAUAACCAAUUGCUCACGUGAAGGAGGAAAAUUAAAGAAGGAAGAAGAAGAAGAUUGCUGUAAGACUCCGACACGUCUUGAUCAAAUUCUCCCGGCGAUCCCACAAAUCUGUCCACCGGCGCCGAGGAAACCUAAGGGAGUCCCGUCGAGAAGUUUGAAGGUUAGAAAUUCGUAUAGAAGCAGGAGAAUGAUCAUUCUGAAUGUUGCUAGAGAGGUCGAUUGUAUGUUUCAUUCAACUUCUCUAUGUAACAAGAUUAAGAAGGCCAGACAUAUUUGAUGUUUCAUAUGGUAUCAUCAUGUAUGUAUGACGUAUUUAACCAAAUUGUAAUAAACUACGUACGAGUUAUAUAAUAAUGUAGUGAUAUAUUGUUUCUUUUUAUUUUUUUUUAAACAUUUUUUCUGUUGCUAGUUCUUUUUUUUUUGGCAAGUAACAAGGCUUUUCUAUUUUGGAAUAUUGUCCGUGAAAUAUUUAGAGGCGCAUACACUUUUUG